ACUUAAGAAUAAAUUAUAAUCGGCAGCGUCAAGGAUGCUUUUGGAAGUCUCGAUGUGAUACUGUAAUUAUGAGCAAGAACGAGUUUGCUAGAUCCUCCUCGCCUCUUGACCGCUCUCAGUAGUGAUCCGUGUUUAUAAACAAACAGACCUUAUCCAACUUAAAUCAAUAUUGUGAUAGUUAUUAAAUUUAAUGUUAAAACAUGAAGAACAGUGAAUUAGAAUUACGUCCUACGGAUAUCAUAAAUGGAAGUGAACCUAAAAGAAAUGGGAAUAGUGAACUGAACAGAUCAUGGCUGGGUAAAAUACGCGCCGCAAUCGCCUUCCUCACCAUAGAACCUUUCUUGCUUUGCUACAUCUUGCCCAAUGCAAUAUCCAGCAUAGCUGUUCAGAGACUGAACUUGGAAAAAGCGUGCCGCGUUGACCUUGGGCAUACAAAGGAGAAAUGCGAUGAGUGGGAUGGAAAUAUAACCAUUGCCAUCCAGUCCAUGGUAGCUGAUAUGACGACAUGGCAAGUACCUUUGACAAGUGCUAUCCCAGCGAUUGCCAUAUUGUUUGUUGGAGCGUGGAGUGAUCGCACCGGGAUCAGAAAAGCACUAAUGUUAAUACCGAUAUUUGGAGAGUUGGUGUCAGCAUUUGGUUUAGUCUUAACGACGCAUUACUUUGAAGAGUGGCCGCUUUAUGUCACGGCGCUGAUAGAAUCGCUGCCUACAGCAUUUUCGGGUGGAUUUUCUAUCGCUCUAAUGGGUUCCUAUAGUUACCUUGCCGAUGUCACGUCUGUGGAGUCACGUACCUUUAGAAUUGGAAUCGCGGCUGUCAUAGUGACCCUGGGAGCUCCAGCGGCAAUCUCUAUUAGCGGAGUGCUGCUGGACGUAAUUGGUUAUUACGGCAUCUUUGGACUAACAACGACUUUAUAUGCAUUUGGGCUGCUGUACACAUAUUUUAGGAUUCAUGACGUAAAUCCUAAGAAAACUGAAGGCACUCGGUAUCAGAAGCUGAUUAUUUUCUUUCAUCCAAAGAAUGCAUGGGACACGCUUUAUAUUGUCUUCAAAAAGGGUCCCAAUAGAUCGAAAAUUAUUCUCGUCCUUUUAGCACAUGUUGUUAUAAUUGGACCUGUCUUUGGUGAAGGAGCUAUGCUGUACCAGUACCUGUUGUUUAAAUAUAGCAUGGACGACGUCGAAAUAAGUCUGUUCUUCACCUUCUCUAUCCUUGUCGGCUUGUGCGGCACAGCGAUAGCGGUGACGCUCUUCAGCAAAUUCAUGAAAAUGCACGACGCUAUCUUAGGUGUCAUAGCGACGACAUGCAAGGUCAUGUCCAGCAUCGUGUACGCACUCGCCCCGACCAGGCCUUGGUUCUACUCCGGGCCCUUUUUUGACUUGUUUGGUGGGACCGGGGUGACUGCCAUCAGGUCGCUGGGAACGAAGGUCGUCGCGCCAGAAGAAGUUGCUAAGAUGUGUUCUCUGAUCGGUCUGGUAGAAGCAAUAACGCCAGUGAUCUACACGCCCAUGUACAGCCAAAUGUACAAAGCUACUUUAGAGACCCUACCAGGUGCAUUCUACCUACUGGGAGGCGCUAUGACUGUCCCAGCGUUCUUUAUAUUCAUAACUCUUUACGUGUUAUACAAGAAAGAAGAAAGGGACAAAGUAAAGAAUCCCGAAAACAAGGAGAGAUAUGCCCUCGAAAACGAUGUUACUGUGUUCUGAUUCUGAUAAAAAUGGAAAAAAAGAGGGCCAGUUGCACCAACCCAACCAGCCCCGGCAAGCUCGGCCGAAUUUCACCUUUCCAUACGUAUUGGUUUGUAAUGAAACUUUGCACAUACAAGGACAUGAGGUAUAUCUAGGUCUGUAAUUAGUUUAUAUAGCUCCAGUUUAUAAAACAAACGAAAUAAAUAGUUUUUUUAUGAAAAUCUUAAAUUACAGACAUAUAGGUAGAUAUUAUCCUAUUGUAAGUACAAAGUUUCAGAGCAAACUAGCUACUCGUUUUAAAAUGAGAGCGUAACUACGUUUGUAUGGAGAACCGAGCUUGCCGGAGACCCUUAACGUCACUCAGAAGUCAAGUGAACUAUGAAACUUCGAAUAUCAUAAUAUAAUAUUUAGCGGACACCUUAACGAUGACGGUCGGUUUGGUGCAACCGACCCUUAGAAAACUGACGUUUGCGGGCAUGCAUUUAAUGAUCGCGAAUUUGGGUCGCUUUUUUAUGGCACAGGUAAAAGUAAAAUUUUUGAUAAAUAAAUUUGUAGUAAGGUUAUUUAGACCGAGGCGAAUCACAGGGCAGAUCGGAUAAAACUAUACUCAUAUCAAUGCAAUAUAUCAAAUAUCAACGGAUUUUAUAUCUAGACCCGAUUCACCCUGUAAUCCGACUCGCUUCAGUCUACUCUAACCAUUUCUAUCAUAUUUUGACAGCAAACGCCUUGAUCAAAAAAUGUUUUUUUUUUUUUUUUUUUAACUGCUCUUUACUAUAUAGAUAGAUAUAUACUCAAACUUAUUGUUAUAGAUUACAAAUUUCUAGGUAUAUAUAUGGUAUUUUACUAUUAUAGACUUAAGAGACUGGUUAUAUUGCCAUAAAUUACAAGAGUCAAGGUUAUUUGUUAUUUUUAUUUUUAUUAUAUAUUAAUGAUCUACCUGACAUUUCCAAUCACCAAUAUAUACUCUUUGCUGAUGACAUAUCCUUAAUUAUUCCUUGUAUAAAUGUAACUACAUAUAAUGAUGACAUUAAUAAUUUAAUAAAUCUUGUAAUUAAUUGGUUAGAAUUUAAUUAAUUUAAAUGUCAACUUAGACAAAACUGAAUAUAUUCAAUUUUGUAAUAGAAAAGAACAUGGAAAAAUAUGUGUAAAAUAUAAUAAUCAUUUAAUAUCUGAAACUGAUCAGCAUACAUUUUUAGGGAUGCUACUUGAUUAAAAAAUUUAAUGGAAACCUGAAAUUUAAAACAAAUGUAAAAAAAUUAAUAGCUUUGUAUAUCCACUAAAAAUGCUUUCAACGCUAAUAGGUAGAUAUACCAACAGCUCUCCUCGCCUACCAUGGAUACGUAGCGUCAGUUCUCAGAUAUGGUCUUUUAUUGUGGAGUAACUCUUGUGAGGUUGAUAGGCUGUUUAUCAGCCAAAAAAAGUGCAUAAGAGCAAUAAGCAAUAAACCACCACUAACAACAUGUAAAACCUUGUUCAAAGAACAGUUAAAGAGUGUAUGUAGUUUUAAUACUAGAUACCCUACCAAACUACCAAACUUGUGCUAACUAAAACAAAAUCUAAAUUAUGCAGCAGCAAUUGUUACUGCAUGGCAAUAAAAGUGUUCAACAACAUUCCAAUAGAAAUAAGAGAAAACCCACAACCACUUUUCCUUAGAAAAUUACAUGCAUGGCUUAUGAACAAGCAAUUUUACUCCCUUAAAGAAUAUUUGGCAUGUAAAGGUUUGUAGUAAGAUGUUCUUGUAAUUUAACGACUGUUUUGUUAUUUGGUAAUUUGCUCUUUUAUAGUUAUAGCUAAAUAAAUUUAGUUUGUAGUUUUAGAAUUAUGAUAUAUUGUGUUCUUGGAUCUCGGCAGAUUGUGAUGGACUUUUGUAUAUACUAACACCUUUUGUACUCACUUUCAUGCAAUAAAAAAAUUAUGAAUAACGAAUUAUGAAUGAAAACGGGUUAAUUAGUUGAAAAAAGUAUCCUGUUUUCAUUGCCAUUAAGUGUAUAAAUAUUAACAAAUUUACAAACUUUUAUGAAUCAACGACUAUGUGUAAUAAAAUUGGAAUCACUCACAUAAAAUAGUAAUAAACAUAUCGUAAAGGUUGUCCAUCGCAAUUCAACGCGGUAACGCGGCUAGUGUGAUGGGCACUUUUGCGUCAGGGACAACU